AUGGAUUCAAAUAAAAAUAGUAACAACCUCGCUCCCGAUUAUUUCGAAGUAACCGGUGGAUCUUACAUGCAACACCAACGUCCUUUAAAUCAAAUUACCACUUCCUUACCAACUCCUCCAAUCAUUACCACUGCUUAUAAUGGAGCCAAUGGUACCCCCCCACCUGAUUCAAGUCGGUCUUCCGGUGCCCAACCUUUGCGAAUCGCUCCUGCUCAAUAUUCAAACAUAAUUCCAACUAAUUAUGUAAAUAUAUCCAAUAAUUUGGCCGGUUUGCCCGGUUUCCAACUCCAAAAUAUUGCUGCUCAAUGUUGUUUGCCAAAUCAACAACAAUAUUUUGCUAACGAUACCAGUAACCAAAAUAAAAUUGUUUCGGUCUCUAAACCAAAUAUUCAGCCUAACCCUCCUUGUGAUGCUAAUAGUUCGGCUCGUCCUCCUUCGUUACAAGAACGACCUGAAUCAAUUGUAUUUUUGUAUCAAAUCCCAAAUGAUUCAAAAAUUUAUCUGGUUAAAUGUGUUGAGGUUUCUCAACUUUUGGACACUGAUUAUCAUUCAUUGGAAGGAAUUUUGCAUAAUAGAUCUCAACCGCAGCAACAAGUACAACAAAAUUUAAAAAACCAUUUACAACAACAUUUACAAAACCGCUUACAACCACAACCUUCUCAACAACCUUCUCAAAAUCUCGCUCUUUAUCAGCAGCAACAAAUUACCCUUCAACAAAAUCAAAUUAGACAUCAUCCUUAUCAACCACGUCAAUCUCCUAAAGAAUCCGUUCAUAAUACCAUUGGUGGUAAAAAUGUUAAAACUCCUGCUGCUAAUAAUUUUCAACAAAAUGUCAAUAAUCAAGAAAUAUCCCAAUUUAGUGUUGAUAUGAACAACGCUGGAAAUUUCGAUAUGAUGAUCCCAAUGACUGCCGCGCCUGGUGCCCCUUACAUGGUUACACCAUCAGCCACCCCAACCAUGAGAAAUGAUCAUCUCGGAAAUAAUAUGGAGUUUUGUGUCACAAGCUUGUUGGCUCAACAACAACAAACUAUGAACGGGAUGCUUACUGCUGCUGCCAUUUCAACACAACAGCAACAACAAGUUUUUGAUGCUCAAUAUAAAAAAUAA